AAGGAGGUGGAGCAAAGGGUGGUUCCCGAGGCUCCGCCCACCCCACAAGUCUGAGCAGCCCUGCUCUCUGGACCCUAACUGUUUUGCGGCCCAGGCGGUUGACUACAUCCAGGAUGGCUUCGGAUUCCCGGGACGGUGGGACCAUGUGUGCGCUGGAGUUUGCAGUGCAGAUGACCUGUCAGAGCUGUGUGGACGCGGUGCACAAGACCCUGAAAGGGGUGGCAGGUGUCCAGAGUGUAGAAGUGCAAUUGGAGAACCAAAUGGUGUUGGUGCAGACCACUCUUCCCAGCCAGGAGGUGCAAGCGCUCCUGGAAAGCACAGGAAGGCAGGCUGUACUCAAGGGCAUGGGCAGCGGCCAGUUACAGAAUCUGGGAGCUGCAGUAGCCAUUGUGGAGAGCUCUAACACCAUACGUGGGGUGGUCCGAUUCCUACAGCUGACCUCUGAACUCUGCCUGAUUGAGGGGACCAUUGAUGGCCUGGAGCCUGGGCUGCAUGGAUUCCACGUCCAUCAGUAUGGGGAUCUCACAAGGGAUUGCAAUAGCUGUGGGGACCAUUUUAACCCUGAUGGAACAUCUCAUGGGAGCCCUCAGGAUACUGACCGGCACCGGGGAGAUCUCGGCAACAUCCUGGCUGAUGCUGAUGGCCGAGCCACCUUCCGGAUAGAGGAUAAACAGCUGAAGGUGUGGGAUGUGAUUGGCCGAAGCCUGGUUGUUGAUGAGGGAGAAGAUGACCUGGGCCAGGGAAGACAUCCCUUAUCCAAGAUCACAGGAAACUCUGGGAAGAGGUUGGCCUGUGGCAUCAUUGCACGCUCUGCUGGCCUUUUCCAGAACCCCAAGCAGAUCUGCUCUUGUGAUGGCCUUACUAUCUGGGAGGAGCGAGGCCGGCCUAUUGCUGGUGAAGGCCGAAAGGACUCAGCCCAGCCCCCUGCUCACCUCUGAUCAGGGCCUCAUCUCAUGUUAUUUUGUCCCCCUAGUUGAAAUCUACCUGCAGAGGAAACAGGGGACUUUGCUUGGGCAGGCUUAGGAGAACUAAGUACAGGGCAGGUAGGGAUUGUAUGCUUAGCAAAUUAAAUUGUUAUUUUCAUAUGGCA